UACAGGAAGCACUGACACUGGCAACUCGGGAUGCUGAACUAAAAUUUGAGUACGAAGAGCAUUCAGCUGUUUUAUAUUUGGUCAGGACAGUAAUGUUGGCAUAACUAGACAUCUGACAUGCAUUGCCAUAUUAUAAUUGCUGUGAUUCUAUGGUCUGUUGGUAUAGAGUCGCGGAAAUUGAGAGGAAUUUCUCUGUCGUAUAAAAGAUUCUACAGAGAAAGAAAGUCCUUCCUGUGUAUUGAUGGGUCCAAAAUGAUUCCCUUUGAGCAAGUGAAUGAUGACUACUGUGACUGUGCCGAUGGCUCAGAUGAACCAGGCACCUCCGCCUGUCCUAAUGGCCGAUUCUACUGCGCCAACCUGGGCUUCCGCCCUCACUAUAUCCCCUCAUCGCGCGUCAACGAUGGCAUUUGCGACUGCUGUGAUGCUUCCGAUGAGUAUAACAGUCACACGCGCUGCCAGAACUCCUGCAGGAAUCUGGGACGGAGGGAGCGAGCCGAGGUGGAGGGUCAGAUGAGGACUCUGGACGAGGGACUCCGGCUCAAGCAGCAGCACAUCGAGGAGGGGGUUACGGUGUGGAGGGAGAAGCAGGCCCAGCUCCGAGACCUGCAGCGUCUGUCUGAGGACUUGCAGACCAAACUGGAGGAGCACCGGAGGAGCAGAGGAGAGGCGGAGCGGCUCACCCGACAGGAAAGAAAGGCACCGGAAGCGGAGGAUAACGUUUAUUAUCAGUUAUGUCAUGCCCUUUUUUUACACAUCUGUAACCGCAGGGCUGGCAGGUACGAGGGGUGUGUGAUUGUGCGUACGUGUGUAGGUGUGUAUGUGUGUGUCGUGCUCAUCAGCGUGUCAUUCCCACAGGCUCUGCUAGGGGGGAACCGGCAGGUGGAUCUCUCCAGGUUGCAGACGACACUCUGGAGCAGCCCCCAGGUUGGUGACAGCGUGAAGAUCAAAGGCGGGCGCGCCGCGCCGGGCAGCCGCACGGAUGAAGACCCCGACAUCAAGGCUGCCGUGAGCGCCGGCGAGAAGGAGCGAGCGGAUGUGCAAAAGAUCGAAGAGGCCUACAAGAAUGUGAAUUUGGAAAUAAGGGAGCUGACCGAGAAGCUGUCUAUAGACUACGGAACUGAGAAGGAGUUUCUGUUCCUGGGAAGCCUCUGCUUCCAGCUGAAGGUCGAUGAGUAUACUUAUACCCUUUGUCCCUUCAAUCAAGUCACACAAAAGAGCGCCGCGGGAACGGAGGUGUCGUUAGGGAAGUGGGGGACGUGGGCGGGGUCGCCAGAGAACCAGUACUGCCAGAUGAGGUAUGAAAGCGGCGAGCUCUGUUGGCAGGGGCCCACUAGGAACACUAUGGUCACGCUGACAUGCGGGACGGAGACAGCCUUGCGAUCGGUGAGGGAGCCCAGCAAAUGCCAGUACGUCAUGGACCUUCAGACUCCAGCGGCCUGUCAUCCGGCUCUGAGGCCGCGCGGCGUACACAGCGAACUGUGACCCCCCCCCGCCCCCGCCUCCGCCAGAACCCGGAGGAGGCAGGGCCAGCGUGUCCCUGAGCGACCUCUGCAGAGGAUGACGUGCACGGGGAAACUUGGGUACCCUCGUCCAAGUGUCUAAGUACCGCACAGCAAUAAGCGCCCCUUUGCCAAGCUUGGUCCCAUGUUCUGUUACAAUAAUUGUGGCGUUUCGACUCACUUGUAAUGUCAUCUUCUCAACCCUCUGAUUGGAUGUUGUUUGACGAUACUUUGUUGUGUGUUGUACUCGUGUGGGUGCCGUCGAAUGUUUGUGGAAUGUACCCAGACGGCCUUGGGGAUCGUUUUGUUUGUGACUGAUUGGUAGUUUUUUCCCUGAAAAUGUCUUUAUUUGUUUCCUUAGUUCACCUAAAACCACAACAUUUCUGUUAUUAGGUUUUAUAUUGAUGAGAAUACCGCUCGGGUACUUUAUGCAAGUGUAAAGGUUUCUCCAACGUAUUCAAUUAUCCAUAAUAACUUGUUUUUGAGGCAAGUCAAAUAUGACUGCGACAUUUUCAUUGAAUUUGAGACGGAAAAUAUAUAAAUAUAUUUGAGAUGAUAUCAAUCAAUGAUGGGAAUAGUCCCUGUUGUUUUUGAGCAUAAGAAACUGCUUGUAUUUGACUGAAAAUCUCAAAUAAACUA